UCUGCCGAUCGUACACAGGCCGUCGCUGGAGGUGAACCCCGAGUCGGGCAUGAGCUCGACGCCGGGCUUGGUGGGCGCGGUGCAGCGCCUCAUGGUGAACGGCCACGCGUUCGCGUCGCUGGGCGCGCUCGCCGCGCACCUGCCGCGCUACCGCGGCCCGCCCUGCGAGUCGGCCGGCAACGCCUCGCACGCCGCGCCCGCCUGCGCGCACGGCGGCCUGUGCCUGCCGCUGCUCAACACCUUCGCGUGCCGCUGCCAGCCCGGCUUCACCGGCACCCACUGCCAUCAGCGUGACACGUCCGUCAACGGAACCCUCUCGCUAACGGCGAGAGCCGUAAAAUUCUCCGGAGACACUUUCUUGCACUUCCGCGGGCCCAAGCCCCAGUCCAGCUCGAACCUCACCGCCGCCAUGUCGGGAUCCGUCUUCAACGGUUCGGCCGAGGUCGAUGGGAGCAGCUACGAGGAGGCGGAGGAGGGGAGUGGUGGUGGCGGGGAAGGGGAGUGGGAGGACGCGGAUGACAAGGAGGUGGACGACGACCAUGUCGGGGACGAGGAUGACGAGGAGGAGGUCGCCCCUCCCGACGACCCCGAAUGGCGCCGAGCGGGUCGGCGGAUAUCCCGGUACACGGUCGUGUUCCGCACCGCGUCGCAGGGCGGCCUUCUGCUCUGGGCCGGCCGGGGACGCACGCUGCACGCCGACUACCUGGCCGUCGCCGUGGUGCAGGGGUACCCGCAGCUGUCCUUCAACCUCGGCAGCCAGCGGGGCAUGCUCACCAUCCAGUCCAAGGUGAGUGAGAGAGGGCCUUCUCCUCGAGGACGCGGACGCCCCGAGGCGCCGCCGCUGCGUAGAGCGCGACGGGCCGCCAGCUACACAACACACGCCUGGCUGGCGAGGGGUCCUUCACCCCAAAAAAUCAGUGUA